AUCACAACCGGAAAGGAUGCUUACCUCUGAUAAGGUAGACGUGGGAGAUAGGGUAAGGGAGAGGUAAGAAGCUGAGACAACCCCCAUACCCGUAGCACUGAAUGGGAGAAACUAAGGUGGCGGGAGGAUUAAGAUAGUAGAUUUCCCCCCGCAGGCUGGGUUUUACUUCAUGAGAGAUUUAAAUGAGAGAGUGACCUUCCUCCUUGUCAUGCCACCAUUAUCAAUAUUAGGAAGAAACGGAGGUUGCUGUUCACAACAAGCAUCUCCCUUCUUCCCUGAUGAGAGGCGAGAUAUGGAAUCAGGGCAUCAGGAGGCUCGGAAGCAGCACCAGUCCCCAGCUGGCUCUUUUACUGGGCAGCUAACAGUCCGUGAAGUGUGGUGUAGGCAUGGUGCUGGGAGGCUUAGGGUCUUAUUUCACGUGUUUUAAGCAAAGAAGAUGGGCAAAUUCCUCACCCCAUCACCAGUGCUACCACAAAAGCAGCACAGACUCAGUGAGCUCACCCCACAGGCAAUAUUUUCAUCCUGAAGAUGUUGAUUCAGAGGAGAGCAAAGCGUGGACCUGCGAAGGGAAAGUGUUAAGGAGGAGCUGCAAUAGCUACAGCCCACCGAGAAGCGAUGGGCCCCGGGACCCGCACGGCAGGUCAGGAGAGCGGGGUCGCGGUAGCUGCCACCCUGCUGCUCCCCAACCCCUCGGGCGGGAGGCGGGUGAGCCCAAACCCCGCCGAGCCCCGGGCCACCCCGAUGGGGCGAGGCAGCCCGGGAGCUGGGCGGGGAGGGCCGGAGAAAAGCUCCUUCGGGCUGCAGCGGGCCCGGGAAGCGGCCGGCUCCGGGAGUUUGUGCUGCGGCUGCAGGGAGAGAGGGGGCAGCACAGGGGACGGAGGGAGGCGGGAGGGGAUGUCGGCGGCCCCGGGCGGGCAGCCGGGGAGCGGAGCCCCGCCGCGGCGUUCCCCGCGGGCAGCCUUCGUCCCCCCGCGCGUCCCUCCUUCCCUGUACCGACUCUCUGAUGGCCGGUAAAACCUGUCCGCAAGCACAAAUGGCACUGACACAAGCCGGAAUGCAGAGCCCGCUGGAGAAAGCCGGCGCCGCCGCUCUCUGCCCAGUCCCCUCCCCCGGUGCCGCCGCAGGGUGGGACUCCCCGGCGGGACACCGUCUCUCGUCCUGCUCCCCAACCCCCCGCUGCUGCCCGGCGCCGGGGGUCGGUGCUGGGGUGGCCGGGCUCCGCCACCCGACGGCGCGUCCCGGACUCUGCCCCACAGCUGGCGGGCAGCGGCACCUCCGGGAGGAUGCCCCGGUUCUGCGGGGGCUGGGCGGCACUGCCGCGCCUCGUCCCGGCCGCCGCCGCCGUCCUCCUGGGCGCCCUCUGCCUCCCCGGGGCUCUGGCUUCGUCCCUCCUCACAGGAUCUGUUGCAAAAUGUGAAAAUGAAGGAGAAAUUCUGCAGAUACCAUUUAUCACAGACAACCCUUGUAUAAUGUGUGUUUGCCUGAAUAAGGAAGUGACAUGCAAGAGAGAGAAGUGUCCGAUGCUCUCCAAGGACUGUGCUCUCGUAAUUAAGCAGAGAGGAGCAUGCUGUGAGCGUUGUAAAGAUUGCAGUUUUGGAGGAAAUACGUACAACAGCUCUAUGAAAUGGCACCUCCCUAGCAAUCCCUGUGUUACAUACCAGUGCCAGGAAGGAGUAAUAGUAGAGUCGGAGGUACAGUGUGUUGUUCACUGCAAAAACCCUUCCAGACUCAUGGGAACAUGUUGUCCUGUGUGUCCAGGUUGUAUAUUUGAAGGGAGGCACUACAAUGAAGGAGAAGAAUUUAGGCCUGAAGGAAAUAAAUGUACCAAGUGUUCUUGUAUUGAUGGAAGGACACAGUGCAUCCAAGAAGUCUGCCCCAUUCUCUCGUGUCCCCAGCACCUCAGUCAUAUUCCUGCUGGACAGUGUUGCCCCAAAUGCUUAGGACAGAGGAAAGUGUUUGACCUCCCAUUUGGAAGCUGCCUCUUCCACAGCAAUGUGUAUGAUAAUGGGUCCUCAUUUAUUUAUGACAACUGCACAGUAUGUACGUGCAAGGAUUCAACAGUGAUAUGCAAGAAGAGGUGCUUAUUUCCUGGUGAAUGCAAUAAAAACAAUGAUCACUGCUGCAAGGAGUGUGUCUCAUAUAUCCCUCCUGAGGAAAUGAAAGUGUGCAAGUUUGGCAAUAAGAUCUUCCAGGAUGGAGAGAUGUGGUCCUCUGUGAACUGUACCAUCUGUGCUUGUGUGAAAGGCAAGACAGAGUGUCGCAAGAAACAGUGCAUUCCAGUCAGCAGCUGUCCUCAUGGUAAAAUCCUGAACAGAAAAGGAUGCUGUCCUAUUUGUACUGAAAAGCCUGGAGUUUGCACUGUAUUUGGAGACCCUCACUACAACACUUUUGAUGGACGGACAUUUAACUUUCAGGGAACAUGUCAGUACGUUUUGACGAAAGACUGCUCCUCCUCUGCCUCGCCCUUCCAGGUGCUGGUAAAAAACGAUGCCCGUCGGACCCGUUCUUUCUCCUGGACAAAGUCAGUGGACCUUGUGUUGGGCAGGAGCACUAUCAGCCUCCAGCAGCACCUCACAGUGAAGUGGAAUGGGACACGCAUCUCACUUCCUUGCGAGACUCCGCAAUUUCAGAUCGAUUUGGAUGGUUAUUUGCUGAAAGUGACAACCAAAGCAGGCUUGGAAAUCUCAUGGGAUGGAGACAGUUUUGUGGAGGUCAUGGCCGCGCCACAUCUGAAAGGCAAACUCUGUGGUCUGUGCGGCAAUUACAAUGGGCACAAGCGAGAUGACCUGAUUGGAGGUGACGGAAAUUUUAAGUUUGAUGUGGAUGACUUUGCUGAAUCCUGGCGUGUGGAGUCCAAUGAGUUCUGCAGCCGCCCACAGAAAAAACCCGUGCCCGAGCUCUGUCACGGGACAGUCAGGGUGAAACUCCGAGCUCAUCGGGAAUGCCAGAAGCUCAAAGCGUGGGAGUUUCAGAGCUGCCAUUCGACAGUGGAUUAUACCACAUUUUAUCGGUCCUGUGUGACAGACAUGUGCGAGUGCCCGGUCCAUAAAAACUGCUACUGCGAGUCAUUCCUGGCAUAUGCGCGAGCCUGUCAGAGGGAAGGGCUGAAAGUCCAGUGGGUACCGGAGCAGAACUGUGCAGCAACCCAGUGUAAACACGGUGCAGUUUAUGAUACCUGUGGUCCAGGAUGUGUGAAAACAUGUGACAACUGGAACGAGAUUGGCCCGUGCAACAAGCCCUGCGUUGCAGGGUGCCACUGUCCGGCAAAUUUGGUUCUUCACAAAGGAAGAUGCAUCAAACCAGUCCUGUGCCCACAGCGAUGACACAAGUUCUCUUUCCGUGGACACUGAUGCGGGUGAUCACUGACCCCUUUGAUGCUCACAGCCAGUGAAAGACUCCAGCUGUUUGCGUGCAGAUUCUGCAAAGUACACGUCUACUCACAGAGUGUAAAUAUGCUCCUGUGUGUGUGUUUAUGUGUGUUUAUGUAAACACAUGUGGCACCUAGAAAGAUAUAUAAAUGCAUACUGUGUGUAUGUCGAUACACAUCUGUACACAAGUGCCCUAAACGUAAGUACAACCCAUAUAUUUAUAUAUAUGUCCACACACACACGAACAUACAUCAUUUCUAUAUAUCAUAGAAGGAUGAAUUAUUAUAUGUAUAUUUUUUGCUAUAAAGUUUAUGUAUUAUUAUUUCUAGGACCCUGAUCUGUAAGUCAUUGUAUAAAUAAACCAGGUGUUUUUAAUAUAAUAUAGUGGCAUGAAAAGAUUGGAUGACUUUGCCAUUGCAUAAGUUUGUAGUUUCCAAGGAGACUUUGCAAGGGCCGUAGCACUGCCAGACUGGAUUACUUUCAACACAGAACCUGGAUUCAGAGUUGUACAGGAAACACAUUUCUUUGCAGAUGGAGGAUUUAUCUAGGAAUAUUUCAUGCGUACCUUCGUGCUGCAUAGUGAUUGGUGACAGUGCUUAAUCAGGCAGAGAAAGCUGAGGAUCGGCUUUUAUGCUUUACUGAAAUAACUGUGCAAAAUUAUUUCCAAAGCUGGUUGGCCAGCUGCCAUCAGAGAGAUAUUUCUUUCUGGAACAGCACCAAAGAGUCAAGGGCCAGAUUUUCAAAAGUGUUCAGCACCCAGCAGCUUGCUUUGAAAAUUUGACCACUUCCCAUUUCAUAUCCUAAUGCCCCGUCUCGGUUGUUGUGUUUGGCAGUAGCUGCGAAUACACAAUAAGGAGCUUGAAGAAAAUAUUCAUGUACAUAUUAGCUCCUUUAAUAUGUUUGAAACUGCUGGGUUUGUUUCAUAUUUUCCCCAAAUAUUAUGCAGAAAGCAAAUCCCACAGUGAAUUGGAGUGUUUUAUUUCAGUGUGCCUUAAAAUAUGAAAUAAUGCCGGGUUUAGUAACUCAUUUAAUGUAUCAGCAUGGUUUAGAAGAAAGACAAAUUCACCCCACAAAAAAAACAGUAGAGAAUGUCAAAUGCUAACUGGAGAACUGCAAUUUAUUUCCUUACUGGUCUUUUGCUUGAGGUUUACGAACAUGUGGGCUCUGUGAAGUUUGCAUGACUUUUGAAGUUUCCCAGGGGAGAAGCAAUAAUACGGGAUUUCAUUAGAAACUGUUAAAAAAGCCAUACAACUUUCUCAAGCCUGAAGGGGGGGAGGGGUAUUUUCUUCCACUGGAAAACCUCUCGUAGAGCGUGAUGGAACAGUCUCUGGAGAUGACAGAGAUCUUUGGGCAUCUGAUUUAGGUUUAUAAUGAAGUAAUAUCCUCCCACAUAGCUACUUCCAUUAUGCCUUGCAUUGAAAUUGCACAUCGUAAUGCUUUGAACAAUCUUCUCCUUUAAUUCUUCAUUCUCCAGGAAGUUUUGCAGGGUCUGAGUUUGCAGGGAGUAAGUGGGCGCAACACACUUGGGUUUUACAUCCUGUCUGCUACCCUGUCCUGGAGGAAGAUGCUGAGUGAGCCUGAUUAGCUCAGAGACCACACUAUCCAAAAUGCUGCAUCACCACAGUGUUAAAAAGAGCUGGGCAAAUAAUGCCAGGAGCAUUCCAUGGACAUUUACCCAAAUAUUAAAUAAACUCAGGUUGAUCUUUGUAUGUCCCUCUUGCUUUCUUUUUCUCAGAACAAUCAAAUAAUUUGGUUUUAUUGGCAGAAGAGGUUUCAAAGCUGCAUAUACAAGUGCACUGGGAAGGAGAGUUGCUAAUGUGCAGAUCCCACCAGGGCAGAAAACUAGAAGAGCUUUAAGUGGCUCAUGAUAAUUGAAUGGUGAAGCUGGAACUUCAACCAAUUGCAAUUGGUCCAAGGAGUUAAAGUAUAAAAUGGCAGUCAUUAAGAUAAUUUAAAGCAUUCGUUAGACCAAAGUACAUUUUAACCUGUGGGCUUUUGACACUGAGAUACAGGGUCUAAACCAUUAAAAAGGUUAUUUGCCUAGCUCUGGUUUAGGAUAGAUUUUCAUUACUGAUAGAUUUGCAUUACCUACUGCUCAGUGUUUCCAAAAUAAAAACACAGGCAAAGCAAAUUGCAUACAUGAAUGCUAUAUAGAACCAUCCUUCCCUUUUCUUCUCUUGAUAAAGGUGAGUGAAAGGUGAAUGGAGAGCCCUGCAGCUUCCUCAGUCCACUGAUCGCAUUCAGGCAAUGCUUAAUUGAUGCCAGGUGAAGAGGUGACUCAGUCUAUCUGUAGAUGAACGCUAUUUCUAAACCUUAAAAUAAUUCCAUUUCAAACCUGACCUAUAGGUCAUCUCAAAAUGAGGACUCAUUCCCCUGCUUAGCUUUUCCACAUCUGCCUAAUUAAGGGUAGCCCCCUGCUUUUUGCUUUAAUGAUGUAGACUGAGGAAAAGAGGAAAAUAGUUUUACCUCUAAGCUGACUGAUUGUGCCCUUAUGGUUCUGCAGAGCUUUUUCCUCCAAACUCUGUAGUUUUCAAGGCAGCAAUAAAGGCUAUCAUCUGCUCAGUUCACAUGUACAGUCUAAGGUAAAGGAGUUCUGCUUUUCUAGAAAUUAUGCCCAGGUUUCAACUUGGCACAGGUUUUAUAUCUGUAUCUAUAGUUACCCUGUGCCCAACCAAGCUCUUCAGAUGAGGUCAGUUCCAGCUGGGGCUGUUUCACUCCACUCUCCUGUUUGCCUCUCUUCUUUCAGGCUAUUCAAAAGUUGAAAGUCUAGCCCAAUAACAUCAAUAACAGCAUUACUGCUGGCCUCAUAGAGUUUGGGUUGCAGCCCAUUUUUCUCCUUAGUGCAGCAUUCCUUCUAAUUCUGCUGUCUUGGCUCAUGAACUACUACCCCUAGGACACUAGGGCUCAUGAAAUAUUACCGCUAGGAUGCUAAAGAUGGAAACUUCUUGCAUAUCACUGGAGAUUUAUUUUUGAGAAAAUUCACUGAUAAUCCCAUUUUAGGAUGCUAAACGUGUUUAGUAUGCUAUAAUGUGUUUUUAAUAAUAGCAUAAGGUUGAUAAUCCAUAUGGUAUAUUCACCAUGCAAAACUGAUGGUUUUGGUCUUGAUUGUGCUUAUGUCAAUCUGUGGAUAUAACUUUGGACAAAUUUGUAAGGUGAAAUAUAUUUGAAAGAGCAGAGGUUCCAACCAAAGUAUGAUCCAAAAGGGAAGUCUGAGAAACAGCUCUGCAAUCCAAUAGGUGGAAUCAAGGAAAGACUUGGAUCAAUAGCUUCACCAUUAACCUGCCAUGUGUUCCCUGGCAAGUCAUUCAAUAUUCUGCACUUCAGUGGGGAAAUGAGGCUCUGGGUUUAUGCAUAUUUUUUAAGGUUACAAAUAGAAAAUGUUCUAAAAUGCCAUGCGCCACCAGGGAAAUGUCAGCUGGUAUUUUGCACAUCUACUUAGGUCUGCUUUGCAUCAGGUUGUCCCGUAUCUCCCAUGUUACCAUCGCUUCAAAGUCAGCUUUUAGUUGGCAUACUUGGAGGUCAAAUACAUUUACUUUCUCCUCAUUUACCUUCAAUUGUGUCUAUUUUGGUCAUAUAUAUUGAGUUUUAUAAGCCAUGGAGACAAGCCAUAACCAAGUAGAGCAAUUUGAGUUGUAGCCCAGGACUCUCUAGGUAUUUCCACAUCUUCCAAGAACACCUUUCUUCUAUAGAAUAAGGUAUGCACUUGGAGCAAAAAAGGAAAAGAUUCUUAAUAUCCUCCCCAAAUGUGACCCCAUCCUUACAUCAUUUCCAGUAGAUAACCUAAAAGAAGCAAGUUCUUCUCAUCAGAGGCUUUUCUGCUUUUUUUGAACACAGGAUUCAAAUAUAGUUGGAUACUGCUUGGCUUCCCACUGACAGAACCUGGCAUUUACAAUAGCUGGACCGAUCUUGAGUGACUGUACAAGGGUACAUUUUUUUUUUCCUUCGUGAAAAAAGGGCAAGGUUAUAUCAGAGCUGACGGAUAUGAGAAUAACAGCCCAUGCAUUUGCAGCUGGAGAGGCUGGAAAGAGAGGCAGUCAACAGCAUUUAGCAAUGAAGUGGUGAGAUGUUUCAGGUGUUUCAAGAACAGUCCCGACUAAGGGGGCAUUAUGCCAAGGUCUCAGUGUUUGACAAACAGGAUGUUUAAUUUACAUAAUGCUGAUCAAACCCUUGUUCUGCUGUCCCUGAUUUUACCAUUUUAGAAAGCCCUGCGGUGAGAGAGACGUUUCUUCUUCCUUACAGAAACAUUUCUAGUCUAUGACCGCAAUUUUUUCAGGCCUAGCUGUGCUGCCAUUAGAGAAUCCAUUCUCUAUACUCUCUGUGUAAAGGUUUUUGCAAUAUAGAUGUUUCUAGCACAAUAAUCACCAUGACACCUGAGCACCAAACACAGUUUAAACCUACAAAAUAAGGUUCUCCUAUGAGAAUUAGGUAGUUCUUGAUCCCUCAGAUGGCCCAUAGCAUUGUGUUUGAAUGAAAAUGGGACAAUAAUGUGAGAAAAUGAAGAGGCAGGAUAGCAGAAUAAGGGUAAGAGGCAAAUGAGAAAGGAGAAAGUAGUAAAAAGAUUAUUUUUUUCUAUGUGCAUAUAUUCCAUCUAAAUGGUAAGAACUAAACUGAAAGUGUUCUCUGACAAAGGCAAAGUACACCCAUAUACCCUGCGCAAUAAAAAAGUCCCACCAAUCACCAAAAAAACCCCAGCCAACCACAGCGGAAUUGUAUGUUGAGAUCUGAAGAGAACAGGUGUAUAUUGGUAGGUAUAGAAAUCCAUAAUUAAAAUACAUGUAUGAGCUUCUAUUCCUACUUUUCUCACAACCCUUAAAUCACCCACCUUAAGGAAAGGGAUCUUAUUUCCUGGUCUGGGACAAGGCAAACAUCUGCAGAAUUGGUUCUUGUGCUUCCACUAGCAUGUCAAACCUGUUUUGGUGUCUUCCAGGAUAUGUGUUUUAAUUUCCCAGUCUACAACUGUCAGAACAAAGGCUACGAAUGCACUUUUAUCACUAGUGUUUUUCCUGAAUUUGAGAUAAAAUUGCAAAUUCUGCUUCCUACUAAGAAGGCACAAGUUUUCUUAUUGACAACACUUUUACCAGGUGGCAAUGUUGCUCAGCAUUAAGCAGCAGCUUAGAAACUCUUCGCAACGUUAAAUAUGACUUGUAGCAUUUGCUAUUUGCCUGACUUUAUCCUUUUCAUUGCAAGUUGUGAGUUAAUGCUAGCCCUGCAUGCAGGAGGAAGUUGGCUCUAACCGAGUGUGUAUGUGCGGUUGGGGAGAGGUGGCACUGUAUAAUUACCAUUAUUAUUGAUAGCACUUUGUAUUUCCCUAAGUGAUGCUUAUACCUGGGCAUCAAUAUAAUUUGGUUUUGCACAUGCAACUGAAACGAUGAGAAUGUAGGAAUUUCCUGCCCAGACAGACCCACAUUUUUUUUCUUAUCAAGUGGUGGUGAAAUGCUUCAAAGAGUGGUAUGUAAGCCACAUAAUGGACAGCUAUGCAACAACCUGUUCAAUUUAGCCUUAUAUUCUGGCAGUAAGUGGUUGGUACUUUAAUGACCUAUUUGUUCAAAGCACUUAACUAUGUGCUCAAACUUUGAAUAACCUCAUUGGCUUCACUGAGGCAACAUGCAUGCUGACUUCUAACCACAUGCUUAAAUGGUUUGCUGGGUCAGGGCCAGAGAGUUCGGCAUCUGGCAGGAUCAACUAUUAAACCUCCUAGCAUGGUGUUUCUUAUUUCUUCAUGAUUUCUAUACAUAGAUCUAUUUUAUGAUCAUGCUGCUAUCUACUGCUAGAACAUUGUAGAAGUUAAGGCUUUUGGAAGCCUUUUUUUAAGACUAGAAGAUUGGAGAUUUUUUUGGUAUCGAUUUUCAAUGUCAAUAUAAUAAUACCUUACAUUGCAUUUUAAUUUCCUACCCUAUUUUAUUUCCUGUUAUUAUUAAAAGAAAGGGACAUACUGGACUUGUUUUUUUCUUUUGCACUGGUAAAAGCAGGGAGCAGUUUCAGUGAGUUCACCGUUACUAUAUACUAGUUUUAAACUAGUCUGAGAUCAUACCAGCACCAUGCUGGCUUUAUAGGUGUGCAAGUAAUCCACAAUCCUGGUGUGGCUACUCUCAAUAAUUAGACUUCUAAUCACUUCUGAUUGCCUCUAGAUAUAGUUCAAUACAAAUCUCUGAUAACACUGUAUUAGAAUAAAAACAUCUGCAGCCCAAAUCAGUAUAAAGAUUUGCUACAAGAGAUCACAAUUUAUAAAUGAAAAAAGGGGACGUAAGUUGUUGUACUUAACUUACUUUCACAAAAACUUUGAUAAGCAGUAUUAAUAAGGAGAAGGAAGAGUGACUAUAGAAACUGACUAAGAAACUGCUGAAGAAAUUCUGAAACUAAAGGGGUUUUUAUUAAUAUUUAGUUGAAGUAUUCAACUUCUUAAAGAGUAUGGUUGAGUGGCAUUGGAACCCACAGCAAAAACUUUAUUGGAUUCUACAGAAUAUGGAUCAAAACCCAGAAGUGGUUUACCUUGACUUCAGUAAAGCAUUUGACACAGUCUCCCACAGCAUUCUCAUAGCUAAACUGAGGAGGUGUGGUCUGGACAAUCGGUUAGUGAGGUGGACUGCGAAAUGGCUGAAGGAAAGAAGCCAGAGAGUCAUGGUCAAUGGGGCAGAGUCUGGUUGGAGGCCUGUAUCUAGUGGAGUGCUUCAGGGUCAGUACUGGGGCCAGUACUGUUCAAUAUAUUCAUCAAUGACUUGGAUGAGAGACUAGAGUAUACUAUGAGCAAGUAUGCUGAUGACACCAAGCUAGGAGGAGUGGCUGACAUGCCAGAAGGCUGUGCUGCCAUCCAGCGAGACCUGGACAGGCUGGAGAGUUGGGAAGAAUUUAAUGAAAUAUAACAGGGGAAAGUGUAGAGUGCAUCUGGGCAGGAACAACCCCAGGUUCCAGUAUAAGUUGGGGAAUGAUCCAUUAGAGAGCAGUGUAUGGGAGAGGGACCUGGGGAUCUUGGUGGACAGCAGGAUGACCAUGAGCCAGCACUGUGCCCUUGUGGCCAGGAAGGCCAAUAGCAUCCUGGGGUGUAUUAGAAGGGGGGUGGUUAGUAGGUUGAGAGAGGUUCUCCUUCCCCUCUACUCUGCCCUGGUGAAACCACACCUGGAAUAUUGUGUCCAGUUCUGGGCUCCUCAGUUCAAGAAGGACAGGGAACUGCCGGAGAGAGUCCAGCGCAGGGCAACGAAGAUGAUUAAGGGAGUGGAGCAUCCCCCUUAUGAGGAAAGACUGAGGGAGCUGGGUCUCUUUAGUUUGGAGAAUAGGAGACUGAGGGGUGACCUUAAUAAUGUUUACAAAUAUACAAAGGGUGAGUGUCACGAGGAUGGAGCCAGGCUCUUCUUGGUGACAAACAAUGGUAGGACAAGGGGUGAUCGGUUUAAGCUGGAACAUAAGAGGUUCCACUUAAACUUGAGAAGAAGCUUCUUCACAGUGAGGGUGACAGAGCACUGGAACAGGCUGCUCAGGGAGGUUGUGGAAUCUCCUACUCUGGAGACAUUCAAAACCCGCCUGGACGCUUUCCUGUGUAACCUCAUCUAGGUGUUCCUGCUCCGGCAGGGGGAUUGGACUGGAUGAUCUUUUGAGGUCCCUUCCAAUCCCUAGCAUUCUAUGAUUCUGUGAUUCUAUGAUUCUAUACUGAUGCAUUUCUACAGUUAAAAUUGCACUGUGUCUUGAAAUGGGUGAAAUAAAUGAGCAGAGUUUGGAGGAUAUUAUUAAAUUAUUUCUCCCGUCUUAUGCACCUGAAUGUUUGCUAGUUUGAGGUAUAAAUAUGCAGGUGUUUAAACCCCACCAUGUCUGACGUACAGCCCUUACUUUCUUCAUGUUGGUGAGCAUCAAGAUCAACUCCAGAGGAACCCAUAGAAUAAUGCUCAUUUCAAAAGACAAGAUGUGCUUUGCUUUUUUUUUUUUUUUUUUAAUUCUUUUUUCAGUAUAAUUAACUGUUACCCUGCAAAUGGUCGAGGCAAAGAGAAGCUGCAGGAAAAAUUACAGUGUGUAUGACAUAUAUUAGAUGUUUGAAACCAUUAAUGUACAGAUGGGUUACUUGAAAUAGUUUAUAUGCAAUUUGUGGAGAAUGCUCUGUAGAGUCAAGAGCAUCACUCCAGAACGUUUACAUUUUAAAGUUUAGAAUUGCUUUGCUUACUCAUGCUAAAUUUUUAUCAGAUUUCACCUGAGGUUCAUUCACGUAAAUCAGAAAUCUAUUUAAAAUUUUACUAAAUUUCUGUCUUCAGUAUGUCAGUUUAUACCUUUGUUGAAUUUAAAAUGAUUAUGUAGUUCUAUGUAUCUUACAGAACUGCAAAACUGUGCAGUAACUUUGACAUGGCUUGUCUUUGAGUGUCUAUACAGUUUCUGCGAGAAUAUUGUACUAAUAUAAUUUUGUAAAGAUAGAACUGUGAUGAGUAUGUUUGUAAAGACAUUAUUUAUUCCCUUAUAAACUUAAUAUUUAUUAUCUUUAUGCAGA